AUGGCCGGGCGCAGGUCUUCAAACGUCUACCCACUCCCAGGCAAUAGUGGUGGUGGCCUGGAAGGGCCAGUGCCCAUGCGAGUUGAUACCCCAACCUGGUUGAGCAGCCAAGCAGCCACAGGCAGGUUAAUGGUGCGGCCAGGUAUCGGACCAAGCAUCUGCCCAGGCCCUGAGGUGUGGGGAGUGCCUCUGGGUCCCUCACCUUAUGAGUUCCGAGGCGGGAUAGCACCUUACAGAGUGGGUGAGGCAAGGGCCUGGUCCCAGAGUUCCUCUGAGGAUGCCUGCCCAGGACGCUACAUCGCCCUGAGGUACAUGCCAAAUUUGGCACUGCCAGAGGACGUUUCAGCCAUACAGAAGGAGAUGGAGCAGCUGGCCAAGGAGCUGAGACAGAAGAGGAUGACCCUAGGGUACUCACAGGCCGAUGUGGGGUUCGCUGUAGGAGUUAUGUUUGGGAAGGUUCUCAGCCAGACGACCAUAUGCCGUUUCGAGGCCCAGCAGCUCAGCCUUGCCAACAUGUGGAAGCUGCGACCCCUGCUGAAAAUGUGGCUAGAGGAAGUAGAUGAGAAGAACCUUCUGGGCAUAUGCAGAAUGGAGAUGAUCCUGCAGCAGGCCCGGAAGCGGAGACGUGCUAGCAGAGAGAGACGCAUUGGGAGCAAUCUGGAGAAACUGUUCUUGCAGUGUCCAGAGCCCACGCCCCAGCAAAUCAGCUAUAUUGCUGGGCGGCUCCGGCUGCAGAAGGAUCUGGUCCAAGUGUGGUUUUCUAACCGGAGCCAGAUGGGCAGUUGGCCAAGCAGUGAUACCUCCCGGAGGGAGGAUGUGGGGGCAACGGGGUCUCCUUUCCCAGGGCCACCAGUGUGCUUUACUCUGGCACCAGGGCUCCAUUUUGAUUUUCCCCACUGUGGGGGAUCGUGUCUUACACCCCUGUACUCCUCUACCCCAUUUCCUGUUCGAGGAGCCCUGCUGUCUGCCCCCGCCACCACUCUGGGCCUCCCCAGGCUGUCAAGCUGA